UUUUUCUAAGUGAAGCCAUCUUGGCAAACGUUAGUAAGGUGAAAUAAAACUUAAAAUUUUUCAAAAUGGGUCGUAUGCACGCACCAGGAAAAGGUAUUGCCCAGUCGGCAUUACCAUACAGGAGGAGUGUACCAACAUGGUUGAAAGUCACGCCAGAGGAAGUAAAAGACCAUAUUUUUAAACUUGGCAAGAAAGGAUUGACUCCAUCACAAAUUGGUGUUAUCCUUAGGGAUUCAUAUGGUGUAGCCCAAGUAAGGUUUGUUUCUGGAAACAAAAUCUUGCGUAUUAUGAAAGCUAUGGGUCUUGCCCCUGAUCUACCAGAAGAUUUAUACUACCUUAUCAAGAAGGCAGUAGCUAUCCGCAAACAUUUAGAACGUAACAGAAAAGACAAGGACAGCAAAUUCCGUUUGAUUUUGGUAGAAUCACGUAUCCAUCGUUUGGCUAGGUACUACAAAACCAAGAGUGUACUGGCACCCAACUGGAAGUACGAAUCAAGCACAGCAUCUGCUUUGGUUGCUUAAAUGUGCUUUUAUGUUAAGUUUAUAAAAUAAAAAUUUCUACU